CUGGAACUGGUUUGUAGCAGAUCAGCUCAUGAACAAUGCAGUCACUGAGUUACAUUGCUUCCUCCUUCAUGGCAGUCUUACAAGAAGCUUACAGAAAGGUACCAUCCAAAACAGCAUGAUUGCACCCUAGACACACUAUUCUGCCGCCAGGAUUUUGGAUGGAUUUUUCAUCUCCUUUUUAUGAACACUAAGGCGCAGAAAAUGACGACAGUUCUUGGUUGCUUCUCAGUGGCAGCAGAGGCCUAAUUCAGGCUUUGCAUACCUAUAAAUUGAUGAUCAUGGGGGAUAUGAAAACCCCAGACUUUGAUGACCUGCUUGCUGCUUUUGACAUCCCAGAUAUGCAGGUUGAUCCCAAAGCAGCAAUUGAAUCCGCACACGAUGACAAUGAAGGGCAGCUGAAGCAAACUAUACCUGUGGACGAUGAUGCUCAGGUUCCCUCUGCGCCGGAUGGAGUAGUAAGUGUUAUUGUAAAAAACAUUCGAACUUUGGACUCGUGCGAGUCUGCAGCCACAACUGCAGAGACCCCAGCUCUUGAUAAAGAAAAUCACCAUUCUUUGGGAAAUGGCUUGCAUAAUGGCUUCCUCAGUGUGUCAGCUUUGGAUGGAUAUUCUAAAGAUUCAAACAGCAAUAAGUCAGGCAGGAGUGAAAGUGCGUCUGUGGCCGAAGCCAAAUUGGAUCUGUCCAGAGCCGAAGACAUUGAAGGCUCCGAAUCUGGACUCAAAGACUCUGCCUUCAGCCAGUUCAGCCCCAUAUCUAGCGCAGAAGAGUUUGAGGAUGACGAUAAAAUAGAGGUUGAUGAUCCUCCACUUGUCAAAGAGGAAAGCCAGCCAGUUUUUCAAGCUAGUGUACUCCCGAGCCCACCUGCAGAGCGAGAUUGUGAGAAGGCAAGGAAGCCAGGAGGGGAAAAUGUGGUCAAACCUGAAGUGUCUGCCGCAGAUGCUGAACAAAAGAGUAAAAUAAUGAAAAGCAGCAGAGAGUGCGAAAGCUCCACUCUUAACUCGGGAACUCUUGAGACAUUUAAAACCCGAAAUGUAGUAGAGAAGUCCUCUGAUGAGAAUGCUGAGAAGAGCUAUAAGAAUUCCUCAGAAAAGCAGCUUGAGAAUAGAGCCCUUGAGGGCAAAAGUGGCGAGAAAGCUGGUGUGACUGGUGCUUGUUCUUCAAAUCUUAGGGCCAAAUCGUCUUCCAAGCUUUCUUCGUGCAUUGCAGCAAUUGCUGCUCUGAAUGCUAAGAAGGCGGCAGCAGACACCGUCAAGGAAACACAGCCAGUCUCCGGGGGCCCUUCUCCAGUUUUGAAAGAAUCUAAAGAAAGCCCGAGAGUCACGGAAAAAUCUCCUGAGGGCCCUCCAAGCCCGAUGGAAGUGGUGAAGAAAGCCGUCGUCAAGCAGCAGCCUGAUAGCCCUCGGAGCGUGUCCAGUGAAAACAGCAUGAAAGGGUCCCCUUCUUCUCCAGCCAGCUCACCGCCUGCCAUCCCCAAGGUCCGCAUCAAGACCAUUAAGACAUCAUCUGGUGAAAUCACCAGAAUGGUGACCAGAAUCAUGCCCGAAGUUGAGCAAGAGCUUGGUAGGAGAGGGUCAGAUCAGGGAAGCUCCAUGCUUGUCUCAUCUCUUUUGUCAUCUCCUCCCAGCGAAUCUCCCGUGUCUUCGCCGCCUGCAUCGCUGAUCCAGUCGGCACUUGUUACAGCUUCUGGCGCGGUGUCACCCCUUGACGUUGCACAGAAACCAGUUACAAUUAAACCCGUUGGCACCGCUUUUCUUCCCGUGUCUGCUGUAAAGACCGCAGGAUCACAGGUGAUUAACCUGAAGUUUGCAAACAACACUACAGUCAAGGCCACUGUCAUCUCAGCUGCCUCAGUUCAGAGUGCCAGCAGUGCCAUCCUCAAGGCUGCCAGCGCCAUGCAGCAGCAAACAGUGGUAGUGCCAGCAUCCAGCCUUGUAAAUGCCAAACUCGUACCAAAGACUGUCCACCUCGCUAACCUGAAUCUUCUGCCCCAGUCUGCCCAGACAACGUCUGAACUCCGUCAAGUGCUUUCCAAAACACAACAGCCCUUAAAGCAGACACUGAUCACCACCUCUUCUGCCCAUCCUCCAAAAAAGCUAUCAAGGGUUCACGUAGUGGCCAAUUCCCAGAAUAUGGUGGUUGAGACAUUUAACAAAGUGCUGAGCAGUGUAAACCCAGUUCCUAUCUACACGCCUAAUCUUACUCCGCCUACUAAUGCUAAUAUCACUAUACCACUUCGUGGUUAUAAGUGCUUGGAGUGUGGUGACUCGUUUGCUUUGGAGAAGAGUCUGGCACAGCACUAUGACCGGAGGAGUGUGCGGAUUGAAGUGACCUGUAACCACUGUGCAAAGAACUUGAUUUUCUUCAACAAGUGCAGUCUUCUUUCUCACGCUCGUGGGCACAAGGACAAGGGUGUGGUAAUGCAGUGCUCCCAUCUAAUCAUGAAACCUAUUCCUGCGGAUCAGAUGAUUAUUCCCAAUUCCAGUUCAAGUGUCUCCUCUACCACUGUAUCCACACCGCUCUUGACAACAGCCAGCAGCAUUGCAAGUUCCAUUCCAAAAACUGUUGCAAGUAUUACCAGUGCUGUGAUUUCUGCCCCCGCCAGCUCUCCCAUUCUCCCAGCUAUGCCCCUUGAUGAAGAUCCAUCAAAGCUUUCCCGAUACGGCAUGAAGUGUUUGGAGUGUAGUGAGACUUUCCAGGACGAGAUUUUGCUUGCCACACACUUCCAGAGUGCUGCAAAAACAGGGGGACAGACAUGUCAGAUCUGCCAGAUGUUACUUCCCAACAAGUGCAGCUUCUCAUCGCACUUACGAAUACAUCAACACAAAUCUCCGUACACAUGCCCAGAAUGUGGAGCGAUUUGCAGGUCCUCGCACUUUCAGACUCAUGUCACCAGGAACUGCCUGCACUACACUCGCAAAGUGGGAUACCGCUGUAUACACUGUGGUGUCGUCUAUGCUGACCUAGCUGCACUCAAGUCUCACAUCCAGGGUGCUCACUGCGAGAUCUUCUAUAAGUGCCCUAUCUGCCCGAUGGCUUUCAAGUCGGCACCGAGUACCCAUUCACAUGCCUAUACACAGCACCCCGGUGUCAAAAUAGGUGAAGCUAAGAUAAUCUACAAAUGUUCCAUGUGUGACACCGUGUUUACGCAACAAACCUUGUUAUGCAGCCAUUUUGAUCAACAUGUUGCUAAGCAGAAAGUUUCUGUAUUUAAGUGCCCAGAUUGUGCAUUGCUGUAUGCACAGAAACAGCUCAUGGUGGAACACAUUAAGUCCAUGCAUGGAACUCUUAAGAGUAUUGAGGGUCCCCCAAACCUGGGACCUCAGGAACCAGUGGUCACAAAGCCUUUAACUUCAUCAGCCGGGCAGAAAAAAGCUGACGGGAAAGCCAUUAAUGGCACUGACCGACUUGGGAAGAAAACUUCAAUCGUCGUGAGGAAAACUGGGAGCCGGUCAAAAUCAAAUAACCCGGGAUGGAUGUGUCAAGACUGUGAAGAAUGGUUUCCUGAACGAGAGGACUACAUUUCUCACAUGAAGAAAGACCAUGGAAAGGUAAGAGCCAACUUUACAAUUAUACCCUUAAGUAAUUAUAAGUUCAGGAAAAUCUUGAGGCAGUUUUUGAUUGAAACAGAAUUGAAACAAAGUAAGUUUGCCAAACAGCAAGUGCACAUUUAUCAAAAUAUUAUAAUUUGUAUUAACAGAUGCUACUGCAUAUCGCAUUCUCAAUGGAAUUGCCCAGAUUCGAAACGUAUAUUCACUAAACGGUUCAUGCUUGAGAAGCACAUUCGACUCAUGCAUGGCAUCAAAAACCCUGAUGUGUCUCAGAUGACAGAGUCAGCAGCCAUUGAAGAAUCUCCAAAGAAAGAAGAUAACAAGAUUGCAAUACCACCGAAGAGGAAGACAGAAGACACAGUGGUGGAGAUUCGGCCUCCGCCUAGAGGAGCCAUCACACAGCCAUUAAAGAAACUGAAAAUCAAUGUCAUCAAACUGAAUAAAUGUGCCGUGUGUGGCUUCACCACAGAGAACAUGACUCAGUUCCAAGAACAUCUCCCCCAACACAAAUCUGACGGCUCAACCUUCCAGUGUAGGGAGUGUGGCCUCUGCUAUACCUCUCUCCAGUCCCUAACCAGACACUUGUUCAUUGUUCACAAGAUGAAGAACGCACAGCAAGUUGCCAGGCAAAAUGGAGCCCGGGAGGAGAACCCAGCAGACUGUAAACUGAGCUUGGGCGAGAGUCAGGCCGAAAUGACGGUGACGGACAAAAAGUGCAAAGUUUGCUCCAAAACUUUUGAAACUGAAGCUGCCUUGAACACACAUAUGCGAACCCAUGGCAUGGCCUUUAUAAAGUCCAAGCGCCUGUGUACGUCAGAGAAAUGAGGAGCAUUCAUUCACAACAUAAUGUCAAACAGUCGAGAUAACUCCAUGCAAAAGAGACUGCUUCAGCCGAGGCAAACACUGCCCUUUUGCAGUUUUUCACUUUUCAAUGGAAUGUCAUGUGAAUCCCUCAAACACCUCACCCUUAUAGACUGUUAUGUGUCAUGGCCAGCAUCACUUUAUCACUUUUCAGCUGUAGUUUCAUUAAAAGUAAAACUGAA